AUGGUGCCCUUUGGACUUCGCCCGGGCAACCUGCGCCGAACCAAUGGCCAGCUUUUUGCAGAUACGAGCGGCACAGAAUCUGAAGGGUCGGACGAGUGUAUCCCAGAUCCAGAACCUCAAGUAUUUAAUCCCAGCCUAGAGGAUGUACUCAAUGUUCGGCAUUUAUUUCAAUGGAAGCUCCCACACGGUCUGCCGGAGGAGCUCAUCGAUAUGAUCGUCGAUACUGCGGAAUAUUGGCCAUCGGUAGAGCAGAAAAUGCAAUAUCAACGGAUUAUCCAGAAAGACUGUGAUCAAGUUUUGCUCAAGACGGUUCCCCUCUGUUAUGAUCGGAAUAGCUUAGAGAAAGAAUCGAACCCUACUCCCCUACCUCAUCGCGGAGUACACCCUUGUCGCAAGAUAGUCUUCAAUAUCUCAUCUCACGACCAAGGCGGCGGGCGACGCCGCGAUAACAUGUAUGAGUUCUCAUGGACCUGGUUUGACGCCGAAGUUAUUCGCGAGGCCCAUAAGAGGAACAUGUAUGUCGAAGGAAUUGAGCAAGAGAUCCUCGACAAUGAACGUGGACAAGUCCGAAAACACUAUACCGAGGCAGAUGCGCUGCUGUUGCCACGUGACAACAAAUUGCAGGUCAAUGGAGCCCAUGUGAGCGAAAUGCAGCACAAUAAGAUUAUUUGGGACAAUCGAGAUGAUAUUCAGGCAGACUCGCCCGAGGCUUUUGAAAUUGAGAAGACCUUAGGUCGUGGCCGGGCUACUCUUGAUGGACGUGAAGUGCGUGAGUUGAAGAUUGGCGAUUCGAUUGCCAUUUGGGCCAGGGCGAGGUUUCCAGGUUGGUCAAACCACGUUUAUCGAGCGAGCGUGAGGAUAUAUUGGGCUGUAUGA